UACAAUAACGCGCAUGCGCAAUGUAAAUCCCUUCAUGAUAGACCCUGGUAGUCUGGCAAGUGACUGGUAACUGCAACCAGAGGGCCAAGAUUACAUUUUUUACCCAUUAAAGGAGGAAAUAUUGCAGGCUGAGCGAUGAGGCGCUGUCUCUUCCUGCUCCCUGCUCUCCUGCUGCUGCUGGCUCUGCCUGACACCAGGGGGCGUUACAACGACGACUUUGAUGACGGUGAAGACCUGGCCGAGUUCGAUGACAACGACUUUGCGGAGUUUGAGGACGUUGGCGAGGAGCCGGCGGUUGAGGUGGAAAACAAGUCUCCGACCAGACAGGCGCCUUCGUCUGCUCCGGAAGAGGAGGAUGAGGAUGAAGCCACGGUGGAGAACGAGGAUGGCCAAGAUGAGUUUGAAGAUGGAGAUGGACAGGAUCAGGACAUUUACAGCAUUUAUGACAAUGAGGAGUUCGAGGGACAAGAUACGACCAGCCCGUCCAGCAAGGACACACUUAUCUACCGUGAGGUCCCAGCACAUCUGCAGAACAGCUGGGAGAGCUACUACAUGGAGAUCCUGAUGGUGACGGGUCUCCUGGCUUACAUCAUGAAUUACAUCAUAGGCAAGAAUAAGAACAGCAGGCUGGCUCAGGCUUGGUUCAACUCGCACAGAGAGCUGCUGGAGAGCAACUUUGCCCUCGUCGGUGAUGACGGGACGAGUAAGGAGCCCACCAGCACGGGGAAACUGAACCAGGAGAACGAGCACAUCUACAACUUGUGGUGCUCCGGACGUGUCUGCUGCGAGGGAAUGCUCAUUCAGCUCAAGUUUCUUAAAAGACAGGAUCUGCUGAAUGUGCUGGCCAGGAUGAUGAGACCUGCUUGUGAUCAAGUGCAAAUCAAAGUAACUCUAAACGACGAGGACAUGGACACGUUUGUGUUCGCAGUGGGAAACCGGAAGGCCAUGGGGCGCAUGCAGAAGGAGAUGCAGGACCUGAGUGAGUUCUGCGGAGACAAGCCCAAGUCGGGGGCGAAGUACGGCCUUCCUGACUCUCUGGCCAUCUUAUCAGAGAUGGGCGAGGUCACGGAUGGAGUGAUGGACAACAAGAUGGUACAUUACAUCACCAACCAUGCCGACAAAAUUGAGUCCAUCCAUUUCUCGGACCAAUUUUCUGGUCCAAAAGUUAUGCAAGAGGAGGGUCAGCCCUUAAAGCUUCCCGAGACCAAGAAAUCGCUGCUGUUUACAUUUAAUGUGCCUGGAAUGGGUAACACUUCACCCAAAGACAUGGACAGCCUGCUGCCACUCAUGAACAUGGUGAUCUACAGCAUCGACAAAGUCAAGAAGUUACGCCUCAACAGAGAGGGGAAGAUGAAGGCAGAACGGAACCGUGCCCGCGUUGAGGAGAACUUCCUGAAGCAGACUCACGCUCAGAGGCAGGAAGCUGCUCAGACGCGUCGCGAGGAAAAGAAGAGAGCGGAGAAAGAGAGGAUCAUGAACGAGGAGGACCCUGAGAGACAGCGGCGCCUCGAGGAGGCUGCUCAGCGCCGAGAGCAAAAGAAAAUGGAGAAGAAGCAGAUGAAGAUGAAGCAAAUUAAAGUGAAAGCCAUGUAAAACCACAACUCUCACACACACACACACACGCACACACUGCUUCCAUAGCUGCUGGUGUCUGAGAAUGUAUCCAUUGCUUCCAUCGAUUGCUAAUUAUCCAAACUUGUAACCGUCUGAUAGCCGAUCACUAUCAGGUGUUUUUUGUUUUUUAAAGAAAUUUGAUUUCCUGCUGCAAUGCCUCGGUCCAGUCGUGACCGAGAGAGUCAAAGGUUUAUUAAGGGUGUGUGUGUGAGCGUUCCCAGUCAUCAAAGGCUUGGUGCAAACCUCCUUGUUGCAGAAUCCCAUGUAACACCUGAUUAGCUGGAAUAAAAAACCUCUGGAGAUGAGAUCGAAAAUCUCAAACUGGAUUUUUUUUUUUUUUUACGCUUAAGGGUUUGUGAUUUAAUGCGUAAAAUUCGAAAUGAUGUGAUAAGAUAAUAGUAAUAGAUUUUGCAACUUAACCAUAUAUUUAUUUACAAUUUGAAGCAUUUAAUCGCUCACCUUUUUAUGAAGUUCAGUUUGAGAUUUUCGCAUUUUCAGUUCUAACAUUCAAUAUACUAACGGCAGAUUCUAACUCCGUAAAUAUAACCAUUAUCCAAAACACUCCUGGUUUAGUAGCAGCAUCCGAGCAGCCACCUUAAUGGCUUCAGUCAAUCGUACACUUCAGUCUGAUGAUUAGAUAAAUAUAUAGAACCACGUGAGAUCAAGUACACUACAAAAGAGCGGUCUUCUAUUUAGUCGACUGAAUUUUUGCGGCAGUAUAUACACACUGUCCCUGUAAUGUGAUCGUGAUAGGAAAAUGGAUUUAUUUCAGCUACUAAACUGCCAGCGAAAGGCUUUAGCAUUUAAAGUCUUGUUUUAUUUUCUCGAUCCUAAUCCAACUUUAUUAUUAAGUGGAAAGACGAUUCUAAGAAUUAAUCACGAGAAAUUUAAUUACAUAGCUUCCCAAUAACCCUUUUUUUUAAGUCUAAAAAACAAAACUUAUUAGAAAUAAAAAAAAAAAAAAUAAUGAUAGAAAGUGAUUUGCUAAUGUUAUCGUUCAAACAUUUCUGGCCCUGAAAUUGGCCCCGCCCCUAUUUUCUCGGCUAUGUUUUUUUGUCUUUUUUUUUUUG